AGAAAUGUGCAAAUAUAACUAUAAAUAAAUAAACAUUUGUUCCGUAUUGUUGAAAAGAAACAAGGUAUUGUUCCUCUUUGUCACCAAGCAACAGUGUCUGUUUGAAUGUAAGCCUUUAUUAUUCUUUAUAAUUAUUCUGUGUACAUCCCAGAGACAGAGACAGAUAACAUUUAUACCUUUAAUACUUAUUAAAGUUGAUUUAACACAAAAGAUUCUGUAGCCAUGGAAGACUCAGCGUUGGAGCGCUUCUUUGAUAACUUCAUUGCAAAUGUGAGUACAGGCUUUAAAGUAAUAACAACAAUAAUACUAAUAAUAACAAAUAUAUGACAAAGAUUAUAGAAAUAAGAGGAAUACAAAAUAAAAAUGACAAAUAAUAAAUAAUAAUGUUGUUCCGCCUUUAAAUACUUUUAAAGAGUAAUGUGUGUAUGCAUCAUAUUAUUAUAACUAAUAACUUAAAGGUGUUAAUAAUGGAUGAAAAUGGCAUUUUCUGAAAGUAUUGAAUAUGUGAUAUACAGCACGUUAAAUUCACUCUCAAGAUGUAAGAUUAGUAACUUAAGUUCAGCUCUGUGGAGGUGCUGCUCACUGCAGGUUCUCUCUGCAGGAGAAAGAAGACGAGCAGUUCUUCAGCUCGAUGCCUGAUGAGCUCCUGACGCAGCACGAGGACGACACAGGGACAACAACAACAACGACAACAACGACAACAAUAACAGGCGGCUCGCCCACGACCCCCCCAGAGUUCCUCCCCGUGAUACAGAACGUCGUCUCUACAGUGAAGCUCGGUUGCCCUCUGGAUCUGCACUUAAUCGCUCGCAAAGCGUGGAAUGUAGAGUACAGACCAAAGGCGGUCGUCAUGAGGAUCCGUGAGCCGCAGGCCACAGCGUUGAUCUACAAUAGUGGAAAAAUCGUCUUCAUAGGAGCCAAGAGUGAGCAGAAGGCGCGGCUGGCGGCCAGGAAGUGUGCCCGCAAAGUGCAGAAAUUGGGCUUCCCCGCGCGCUUCCUGAACUUCAGGAUCUGUAACGUGGUGGCCAGUUGUAAUAGCUUCCCAGUGAGACUGGAGCAACUGGCUCUCCACCAUCUCUGCAGUUAUGAACCGGAGCUGUUUCCGGGCCUUUACUUCCACGGUGUCCCUGGUAUCACUAUCACCAUCUUUGCGACUGGGAAGAUGUCUGUGACCGGAGCUAAAAGUGAAGCUGAGAUCCACGCAGCGCUGCAGACCUUCAGUCCGAUCCUGAGACGCUUCAGAAAGACGUGAAGAGAAAGAGACGUUUAAAAAUAAAGUUUGUUUUCCAGACAGAUUGCUUCUCUUUUUAAAUCAUAAAUAAACCCUCAUGAGGAAAAGUUAAAGAAUUAAAGCUCUUUUACAUACAUUCAUCUAGAUACGACAAAGUACACGUUAUCAAGAGCCCAGUAUCUUUAUUAUUAUUAUUAUUAUUAGAUAAUGCUUUUAAAAAUGAU